UCAGCAAUAAAGAACUAUAGCAAUAACGCGGAGCAACGACUACUAAAGCAUCUCUUUACUGAGUACGACAGAGACGGCCAUCCAGGCGGAGGAAUCAGUGUAAAGGUCUGGAUAGGAGCCAAGGUGGUGCGCAUCGUAAACAUUGUGAGUGGCAGCCACUGUUUAGGUGUUCCCACCUGCCUGCAAAUCCAUUCUUGUUUGAAUUUUUUACCCAGUUGGCAAAAUACUCAUCAUUUUCUUAUGAAGCUACAGCCGAAGCUCUGUUAAGCGGCCAUCUCGGGAAUUCAAAAACGGGUGGUCGAGCUCUCGUAAGCGAUUGCAUGGUAAAAUAAGAGUAGAGUGAGUUGGGUGGUCGCUUACGAGAGCUUUAGAAACUCAUUUGUAAUUCAUAAAGAAAAAAAAAAGAAAUCAAUUUUUAAUGAGUGUCUGUUUUAUCUGAUAUAUACACGGCUAAACUUUACAUUUGAUUUUUUUUUAGACAAAAAUAACCCCAAAUCUAGAUAUUAGAACCAUUAGCGCAAGACGGUACCGUUUCAUUAAAGUGUUGAUUUACGUUAAUAAGACUCCGAGUGGUCGCUUACGAGAGUUUAAAAACAAAGGAAAAGUCCAGUUGGGUAAUCUCAAAAGUGGUUGCGAUCACUUACGGGAGCGGUUGCUUACGAGAGCUUUUCAUUACAAAGUUAAAGUCACAGUUCAAACCGCAUUUCACAUAGGUGGUCGUUAGUCGCUUACCAGAGUGGUCACAAGGAGAGCUUCGACUGUAUGAUAUUAGGAAUAUUGACAAGUCUGUCUAUGUUAGAAUUAGAAUUAAUUCGAACUGAAAUUGAGUCCCACGAACUAGGUAUGCUUGGAGGAAUUUGAUGAAAAUUUGAGUUCGAUAUACACUCAUACGUUUAGCGAUAUUCUAGUUACCAAAAAAUUCAAAAUUGUGUAAAGAAUGUAUGCUCCUAUUAGAGUUUUUGCCACUCGACAUGAUUCUCCAUUUUUUGCGAUUGUUUUUUCCCACUACGAUUGCUUGCAAAGGGCUUAAAAAUGCUUGGAAUACCCAGGCUAACCAACUCUUUUGACCUUUGCUCGUAAUGAUCGGCUAAUUUGAAAAUGCGCGUGGGACUGUGUUAGUCUGCUACACAGCCGUUGCGUAACGACACUAAUAACGGCUUUGUAGCAGACUAGGGACUGUGUCGGUGUUCUCACAAAUUGCACUAUGGGAAUGUUUUAGGGACGCUAUCACCUCAGUUAACGGUUGUUGCAAGGUUGCGCAGGGGAAUGGGUUAAAAUUCGUCCCCAAAAAGCUGUCCCAUAGUGCAAUUCGAUAGCUACGUACAACGUCAAAAUAGCUAAUAAUUUUUUGUACUCUCUUAAUGCCCAUAAUUGUAGGACGAAAAGAACAAUGCACUGCAGGCUCAGUGGUGGAUGAGACAGGUGGGAGAUUAGUUUUCAUUUACAUGUCAAGAAAUUUAAAAUUGUGAUCCCUGCCACCCUGCACAGCCUGGUCAAUUCAGUCCCAUAAUAUAAGCUUAACAAAUUUGAACGAAUCAAGAAUUGUUAAAGAAAAACGGAUUCUGCGAAAGCUGCAUUUUCUUUUUCGCUACUUUCGCGCUCGGUAAAGGUUUAGGGAAUAACACAGCAAACUUUAGCUCAUCACAGAUCUGGAGCCCCCCUCUAGUGUUUAAGGAUGGUUUCAAAUUAAUUCUAUCGUUGAAUCAAAAUGUUUCUUUGUCUAAGCCUCAUGCCUUGACAAAUACUACAUUUUGUGCUUUGUUUUUGAACUGAACUUAAAAUUUACCAUAUCUAAUUACUGGUUUUCACAUGACGCCAUCAAAAUUCAAACUAAGCGUUUUUACUUUCAUCAAGUAUUAGAGCAGUUAAAAGCUAAUAUUUUAACAAAUUUUUACUUCGAAAGGGUUCUUUAUUUUGUGAUGCAGUACUCUUGAAUUUCUAAGGUUUUGCGUGACGCGGCUUUUUAAAUGGCGGCCGAGAGAGCUGUCAUGUAGGUUGAAAAAGUGACUUAUUUUGAGGGAUUCUGCUUUCUAAACACUGAUUAUAUUAGAAAAAGUAUUACUUUAAUGUUUAAGUUAAGAGUUACUCGAGAGAAGAAUUCACACUUUCACAGCAAAACUCGGAAGCAGAUGUUUCUGUUUGUUCAGUCCGGCUGCCAUUAUGGUGCCCAUCCGGAUGGACACCAACAUGGCUUUUCCAUACAAAGCUCUAUAAAUUUUAGUCUUUAUCCGUUGAAGGUUUUGCUAUGUAUUUUUGAUGGUGUGACACUGAAAACCAGCAAUAUGUUCUACAAUCUUUUACACGGAUUAAAAACCUUGUCCAAAUAUAAUUAAUUUUUAGGACUGGAACAAUCCAGAUCUGACGUGGAACCCAAACGACUUUGGGGGAGUGAAAACUGUUUACGUGGAACCGACAAAAGUGUGGGUCCCGGAUGUAUUGUUGUACAACAAGUACGUAUUAACGAAAAAAAGUUAAUAAAAGUUAUGAAACUCGGUUCUUCAGAGGGGUUACAAAUAUUGAGGACUUUCGUUCGCGAAUCCAUAGGUAAAACGGAUUAUCAAAAAUGUAUCAUGAUUAUAUUUUACGUUUCCAGUAGACGCCGCAAAUAGUACUAAAAUGGUUUGUCUUUCAAAGGAUCGAAUUUAGUUUUUUAGUUUACAACAUCAAAAAGAUUACUUAAUUUACACUUUUGAGUUAUUUACAAAACUCAGUUUUUGAUUCUUGACGUACCCGCGAGCACAUCAGAAAGCCCGUUCACUUAUAAGUAGACUUUUGUUAUCGAGGCUCAUGCUCGAUAUACGUCAGCUUUGAUAGUUGUUUCAGGACUUCAUCGGACCGUAAACUAUCUGCCUGUCGAUUAGAAAUCGCGAUUAAGUUUUUGGUUUUACUUCGAUCGUUAUAAAUUGUAGUGUCCUUUCCAGUGCUGAUAAAGACAAGGAUAUGGCUGGUGGAGUGGAGAAAUACAAAACAAAAGUUUCUGUCUCCUUUGAUGGUAACAACACCUGGAUGGCUCCUGCUAUGUUCCAAAGUAUCUGUGACAUUGAUAUCCAGUAUUUUCCUUUUGAUGAGCAAAAAUGCCACUUGAAGUUUGCUUCCUGGGCUUAUGACGUGUCCAAACUGGAUGUUUUUCUGAAUGACAAAGAAACGGGUAGACUGGAAGGAAUAUACCAGCCAUCCAAUGAAUGGAUCCUGUUGAGCGUUGAUGCAGACAGGACCGAGGUAAGUUGGACAGCGACAAAUACUGCUUUUACUUGAAACCCAGCUCUGUUGUGUCGGCCAUACUACAGUAAAUUUGAUUAGAGGGAUCUAAAUUUGAAACUAAGCAUCAUAAAAAGAGAUUGACAGACCAAUCCCGGCAAUCGUUUCAGUUGGUGCUUUCAUUGGUCUUGAUUCUCACGCGCCCCUGCCAUAAAUGCUAUUCUGACUACUGUCCGGAAAAAUGCCACACGAGGUACUUGACAUAUCCUCAAAAACAAUCCUUUCCUUACAAGGUAUCUACCAUUAAUCAUAACUAUAACAAAAUUGUCAAAUGUGAUUGGCUAUCAAUUGCCCUGAUUUCAGUCUUAAUUGGACAGUUUAAUAGGACAGUAUGCGUCAUGACUAAGUAAUUGGACAGUACGCGCCAUCACGCGCGCAAUUAAAUGGCUUUUUUUUUCACUGCUAGCAAAACAAAAUUUCGAAUUUCUUGUGUUUUGAUUUAAAAAGUAGCCUAUUAUAUCACAAAUUUUGUUAAAGUUAUGAUUAGUUGAUAACAGAACUUCGCGUCGUCCAAUUCGGUUUGUAAUCAAACUCGUGAUUAAACAAAUCGGACUCCCGCUACGCGGUCGUCCAAUUUUGUUAAUCACUCGUAUGAUUACAGACCGAAUUGGACUCCACUCAGUCCUGUUACCAUUACGAAUAGUCAUUUCACCUGCACAGGGUCCCGGGCUGUUAUUGUCUAAUCAUGAGCCCCUGUUCAAUCAUGAAGUUAACUAUCACACGCUUAUCAAUCAUUUUAGGUGAAGUACCCCUGCUGCACAUACCCUUACUCGGAAGUUCUGGUUACACUAAAUCUGGAGCGUCGUUCAAGAUAUUACAUCAUCAAUUUGGUGUUUCCCUGUGCACUUAUAGCCUGCAUGGUGUUUUUUACUUUCGUGCUGCCACCGGAAUGCGGCGAGCGGGUAUCCCUGUGUAUUACCAUCCUCAUGGCUAUGACUAUCUUCCAAGAACUGACAUCAACUAAACUACCACCGAGCUCCGAUUCCUUCUUCCUUAUUGGUGAGUAUUGUAUGUCGAAUCUAAUUACGGCUUCGAUUGAGAUAUUGGCGCGCUCGCGAGUGAGAGAUACAUAAGAAUUCCAGUGAGGACUGAAACUUACUUUCUGUAAUUACCUUAUUUACUUACUCUGAUGGCUUGUAGAUUAGUAUGUUGUUUAAGUCUGUUAAUGCGAUCCUAAAUUACCGGGUUCUCUUCACUGGACGAAAAAAUGGAUUUACUAGGGUAGCCAAAUUACAGCAAAUGUGUAGCAAAUACCACAUUUGCACAAUUUUGCGCAAGAGCAAAGACUGAUAUUGCACUAGAUUUGGUAUCCGUAGCAAUGACGGUAAAUGCCACAUUUGCACAACAUUUACAUCUUGGUGCAAAAAUAAUGGGCAGCCAUGGGUUUGAGGGUCAUUUGCAGAUGGUUCAAAUGUGUAGGCAAAUAUGUCUCUUUGAACUAUAUUUGCACAUUACGCAAAUGAUAGCGCAAAUCUGCUGUUUUGCACAGCUUUUGCUUUAGAUGUAAAGGCAUGUAAACCUGUUAUUUUCAGAACGUUUACGCAGCUUUGCAAAUGUGAGCGAAGUAUCUAGUUUGAACAAUGUUUGCUUGGGUUAUCAUGGGUGAUCAAAUUUUCGUAAUUGAACCAGAUUGCUUUGCAUAGCAAAUGUAACCAAACUCUUUGUAUUAAACAUGUUUGCUCACGAAGGAAAUGUUAUCAAACCUAAACUUUGAACAAAUUUUCUAGGGUGUGAAACAUUGCUUUCUGUAAUUACCUUAUUUACUUAAUAGGUAACUUCUGAUGGCUUGUAGAUUAGUACGUUGUUUAAGUCUGUGAAUGCGAUCCUAAAAUUUCCGGUUUCUCUUGGUGCGUCUAUGGAUGAAGUUCUGAAAAGUGUGAGCAGUAAUUUCUUGUGCGGGUACUUUUCAAUUCUCAUGCUGUUAAAUUGAAAACUGGGUGUGGCCAUUCAAAUGAAAGCUGUGAAAGCUACUGAACAGUAUUUAAUUACCUGUAGUGCUGUUUAUUUUGGUGUGCAAUGUUCUGCAACUCUUAACUUUGCAAAAAUUUAUCGUGCUUUUUCUCUUUUGUAGGGACGUAUUACACGGUCGCAAUAUUUGAGAUUGGUAUGGCAAUUGUAGCAACUUGCAUUGUUUUGAACUUCUACUACAGCAAAACAAAAAUGCCAGGUUGGGUCAAAACUAUUUUGCUCAAAACAUUGGCACCUCUUGUCAAAGUGAAAAUAAGAUCAAGACGAUUUUCUACUAAAGACAGUCAAAAAUCCACAGACAGUGCCCAUGCGCUCGACAUAAUCCACAACCCCACGUUCGACACCUUCAAUCUUUCGGACGGCGGAGUCAGUUGGGGAGGAAUUACAGAAGUUUUUGAACAAAACCAGAACGUAGCGAUGACGUCAGUGAACCUUAGAAAGGACAGUCUUGGCUCUGACGCAGAGGAGGAAGAAAACACUGAAAACCCUACCUUAAAAAUGAAUGGCGUUUCGCACAGAAAGAAAGUGACUAGGCUUAACGACAAAACUCAAAACAGAGAAACAACUUCAGAUGACAAACAGCCGUCAUCUCUACAGCAGAUGAUUGAGUGGCAAGAUGAAUGGCGGGCUGCUUCAAAAGUUUUGGACCGAGUAAUUAUUAUUUUUUCAAUAGUCAUCGGUUUUGUCUCCUUUGCUAUUAUUUUUCUGCAAGCCCCGAAAGUAAGACAACUAUUUACUAUUUCGUAAAAACGUUGUUCAGAAAGGCAUUCACGUGAAAGAAUCGAAUAUAACGAGCUUAAGAAAAGACGACGAAGACGGCAACUAGAACGUCAAAAAAGCAGUUAGAUUAGCAAAACAACAACUUUGCACCUGCAUCAAGUUUUUUUGUCCUUUUCUUUGCCGUCACUGCACGACUACGACGUAACGUUUUGUGAAGGACGUGAACAAGACAACGACUUUCUUUUUCUUUUUCCAGAACUUCGAUACUUCCUUAUGCCUGACACCAGACAGAGCUGAUACUCAACUGUCAUAAGCGAAGUAAUUAAUUUAAACUUCCAAAUAGUAGUCGUUACGAAACCUAAUAAUAGGUCAAUUGCACGAUGACGAUAUUUGACUACAACUACCAGAAUUCAUUUCGGGUUUGCUUUGUUAUUUAAAUUUGUCAAUCCCGCUGAGGAUUAAAGAACAAUAGCCUUAAUUUGCACAAGAAAACAACAAACUCAAGGAUUCUGGUAGUUGUAGUAAAAUUACGUAAUCGUGCAAUUGUCCUAUUGUUACUAAAUGAGCUGGGAUGAAAUGUCGAAUUUCAGGUACCUGCGCGUUUCGGCGGUAAAUCGCUUGGCCACUCGGACUUUUAGGGCCUGUUUACAUGGAGUGGGGGACCCCGGUCUAGUGGGGUUGGUUUCUUUUGUUUUCACGCUCUGGGGGACACAAAACAAAAGAAACUUACCCCACUAGACCGGGGUACCCCACUCCAUGUAAACAGGGUCUUAGAGAGAAAGAAACAACAACAAAGAGGAGUCUUUCUUUCGAUUAAAUUUAAAUGUCAACAUUGACGUGGAUAACAGAGAAAGAGCUAGAGCCAGAGAUAAAAAAGAAAGGAGACUAAUUUUUUUGGAAGAGAAACACGAAAAUUUUACAGCGGCGGUGCGAAAAUGAAAAAUUCUAACGGCCACCAAGGUGAAAAUGAGCGGGCAGUGAAAAAAAUGCGAACAGAAACACAUACGACAUUUCCUUCAUAAAACGAUGUGUAUCUAGGCCGAAAGUUUCUGGAAGUUUCACGUUGUAGUCGUGCAAAACAACGCCAAAGAAAUGUACAAAAAGGUGUGCUAUACGUGCAAAAUUGUAUUUUUUUGGCUAAUUAGACCUAUGGAUUUAUUUUGCCGUUUUGUUUGAGAAACUACAAACAUUAACGAGAGCUUCGCUUUUAGCCCUGGCUAAAUGUAGUAUAGAGUAUAGGAAAGAUACAUGAUGAACAGUUAAAUCAGUUAGAAGAACGCAGGUUCUUAUGCUAAAAGCAGUUACACAGACAUGCCAAGCCGUGCAUGCGCACGCACUGACAACGUGUCCGUUUUGCAAUUUUGGAAAAAGUGUUUUGAAAAUUUUCAUAAGCUCUGGGCUACAAACAUCUCCAAUGAGAACGGCUGAUACAACGACUGAGAAAAUAACUAAAACAAGAAAAAUUCUUGCACAAAAACUUCAUUCCCGCCUCCCUCUUCUCAAUCAAGAUAGGCGCUUAAUAGAGGGUAGUAGGAAGAUACAUUUAUUACAAUAAUUUGCAUCAAAAACAUUUGCUUUUCUUGAUGGAUAAAACUUGUAUCAAAUGAUAUGAAUCAGAUUUUGUAAUGUUCGCUUUUGGUAAACUAUGGCAAUCAAAAGAAAUACAGGGUGUUUCAAAAGUUCGUUCCGAUUUAAAAUUGUAUUUUGUGCAAAGCAUUUGAUACUUCUUUCGGCAAGUGUAAACUGAUUCAGGGAAGAAACUUAUCUAAAUAACCAUUCAAAGCAAUUUCAAACUAAAAUUUGAAGAAAUUAUAAUUUUUUUAAAUUUUUGCCCGAAUUGUACACGUACGCGAGGUUUUUCCCGCCAUACUUUUCCUGCCAUUUUGUUUGUUUUCUAUUUUGGUAUUUUUAUCGUUUUCUUUUAUUUUCUCUAUUCCUUCAUCAUGAAAAUGAUGUUACACUAAAUCUGGAGCGUCGUUCAAGAUAUUACAUCAUCAAUUUGGUGUUUCCCUGUGCACUUAUAGCCUGCAUGGUGUUUUUUACUUUCGUGCUGCCACCGGAAUGCGGCGAGCGGGUAUCCCUGUGUAUUACCAUCCUCAUGGCUAUGACUAUCUUCCAAGAACUGACAUCAACUAAACUACCACCGAGCUCCGAUUCCUUCUUCCUUAUUGGUGAGUAUUGUAUGUCGAAUCUAAUUACGGCUUCGAUUGAGAUAUUGGCGCGCUCGCGAGUGAGAGAUACAUAAGAAUUCCAGUGAGGACUGAAACUUACUUUCUGUAAUUACCUUAUUUACUUACUCUGAUGGCUUGUAGAUUAGUAUGUUGUUUAAGUCUGUUAAUGCGAUCCUAAAUUACCGGGUUCUCUUCACUGGACGAAAAAAUGGAUUUACUAGGGUAGCCAAAUUACAGCAAAUGUGUAGCAAAUACCACAUUUGCACAAUUUUGCGCAAGAGCAAAGACUGAUAUUGCACUAGAUUUGGUAUCCGUAGCAAUGACGGUAAAUGCCACAUUUGCACAACAUUUACAUCUUGGUGCAAAAAUAAUGGGCAGCCAUGGGUUUGAGGGUCAUUUGCAGAUGGUUCAAAUGUGUAGGCAAAUAUGUCUCUUUGAACUAUAUUUGCACAUUACGCAAAUGAUAGCGCAAAUCUGCUGUUUUGCACAGCUUUUGCUUUAGAUGUAAAGGCAUGUAAACCUGUUAUUUUCAGAACGUUUACGCAGCUUUGCAAAUGUGAGCGAAGUAUCUAGUUUGAACAAUGUUUGCUUGGGUUAUCAUGGGUGAUCAAAUUUUCGUAAUUGAACCAGAUUGCUUUGCAUAGCAAAUGUAACCAAACUCUUUGUAUUAAACAUGUUUGCUCACGAAGGAAAUGUUAUCAAACCUAAACUUUGAACAAAUUUUCUAGGGUGUGAAACAUUGCUUUCUGUAAUUACCUUAUUUACUUAAUAGGUAACUUCUGAUGGCUUGUAGAUUAGUACGUUGUUUAAGUCUGUGAAUGCGAUCCUAAAAUUUCCGGUUUCUCUUGGUGCGUCUAUGGAUGAAGUUCUGAAAAGUGUGAGCAGUAAUUUCUUGUGCGGGUACUUUUCAAUUCUCAUGCUGUUAAAUUGAAAACUGGGUGUGGCCAUUCAAAUGAAAGCUGUGAAAGCUACUGAACAGUAUUUAAUUACCUGUAGUGCUGUUUAUUUUGGUGUGCAAUGUUCUGCAACUCUUAACUUUGCAAAAAUUUAUCGUGCUUUUUCUCUUUUGUAGGGACGUAUUACACGGUCGCAAUAUUUGAGAUUGGUAUGGCAAUUGUAGCAACUUGCAUUGUUUUGAACUUCUACUACAGCAAAACAAAAAUGCCAGGUUGGGUCAAAACUAUUUUGCUCAAAACAUUGGCACCUCUUGUCAAAGUGAAAAUAAGAUCAAGACGAUUUUCUACUAAAGACAGUCAAAAAUCCACAGACAGUGCCCAUGCGCUCGACAUAAUCCACAACCCCACGUUCGACACCUUCAAUCUUUCGGACGGCGGAGUCAGUUGGGGAGGAAUUACAGAAGUGUUUGAACAAAACCAGAACGUAGCGAUGACGUCAGUGAACCUUAGAAAGGACAGUCUUGGCUCUGACGCAGAGGAGGAAGAAAACACUGAAAACCCUACCUUAAAAAUGAAUGGCGUUUCGCACCGAAAGAAAGUGACUGGGCUUAACGACAAAACUCAAAACAGAGAAACAACUUCAGAUGACAAACAGCCGUCAUCUUUACAGCAGAUGAUUGAGUGGCAAGAUGAAUGGCGGGCUGCUUCAAAAGUUUUGGACCGAGUAAUUAUUAUUUUUUCAAUAGUCAUCGGUUUUGUCUCCUUUGCUAUUAUUUUUCUGCAAGCCCCGAAAGUAAGACGACUAUUUACUAUUUCGUAA